GAUUUGGCUGUAACCAGUGCAAGUAGCUUGGGCUGUAACCAGUGCAAGUAGAUUUGGCUGUAACCAGUGCAAGUAGAUUUGGCUGUAACCAGUGCAAGUAGAUUUGGCUGUAACCAGUGCAAGAUCACAGUAUCACUGCAAGUAGAAACUGCAGGUGUGUCCGAGAUCUGAAGCCUUUAACUACUGUUUGAUCACACAUUGUUAUAACCUUAUUUAAAGAUCUGCUGUAAUUAGAGAAAGGAGCUGAAGCCUUCAACUCCUGUUUGAUCACAUGCUGUAAUGACCUCGUUAAGAGAUCUGCUGGCUAGUUAAUAUAGAACAGGAUAUAUGAAGUAGGCCAGAACAGAUUAAUGUGAUCCCUUGCCCGAGGACAUUGCAUGGCGUGCCUUUCAUGUGGUAAAAUUAUGCAGGUGUGGACUGGUCAUAAAAAUUCACUCCAUUGAUGGACAUAGGCCACCGAGUGUGUAGGUGGUGAUAUACUGGUCAAGUCAGGCAACAUUCAUAUAGGUGAGAAAAGGAUAAAACGUGUUGUGAAGUACAAGCAUUAAUGUGAUGGACGCUGCUCACGGUAGCUGUGUACGUCUGAUCAUUCAAGGUCAGUAUGCCUGAACAAUUCCACGCCAACAGUCUUAAAAUUACUGCAGCAACAAAACUUGACAGUUACAACAGAGCUUGACAAGGGACAGAUACAUCCAAGAGACACGUAGGCAUAAACCCAUCAGUGCCGCCUUCAUAUACCCCAGGCUACAUGCUUGAGACCGACACUUCUCCAGUGCUUUGGCUGAUCAAGUCAUAAUAGUCUGGUCAUUAGGUCACUGACGCUCAAGGAGAUUGAGGCCAGAGGGGAUGAGUGACGUGACAACAAAGCCUAAACGAUUGCCAUUGCCGGAAUUGUCAAAAUACGUCUGAUACAAAAGACUAACAGGACAAACUUACUAAAACAAGACAACAAAUCUAUUUCCAUGCCUGAAUUCUAUGACAUUCCCCAACUAUUGCAUCAUCCAGCCUAAUCCUGUGAUUGGGCCUUUUCAACAGAGAAAACUUUCUUGAAAGUCACCGGUCUGCUGCAAUCAAACCACAUCAAUCUAGCUCUUUGUGACACUGUUACCUGUUCUACAGCAUCGACAUCAACAUCAACAUCAACAUCAACAUCCACACUCAGGUGAGCACUCUGAGGCUGAGGCAAACAACAAGUCAGCAGGGUGCUAAGUGCUCAAUACAUCCCCCGGGUUGCAGCGGAACUGGGGGAGACAAAAGCACUAUUGAUUCCCGGUCCUGUGCUGGAAGUAAAGGGUGAGCGGUGAUUGGCAUCAGUUGGUUCCACUGUGUGCAGGUGAGAGUUGAUUGCCACUAGAUCAACCAACAUGGAUGGAGUGCAGGACGAUGCCGUUCCACCUUCACCGACAUGGUGCGACAUGAACCUAGAAUUGGCUCUCCUCAGAGAAGGCAAGAUGGAGGAGCACUGCGGGGUGGUGCCUCGCGGCUUCCUCUGCUGCCGUCUGUGCGAGGAGGAAUUCCGUCAGCCCAAAUUCCUUCCCUGCCUGCACUCUUUCUGUAAGGACUGUCUGCAGGCACAUGUCAAGAAGUUCGCUGACGAGGAUGGAUACUUUGGUUGUCCAAUCUGUGGCACUGAAACAACCCUCAGGCAGCAGAAGGUAGAGAAACUGCCAGAUAAUCUGUUUGCCAGAAGGCUGUCUAAUCCGGCCAUCUCCCUACCAAAGCCUCCAAAGCGGGACAAAUCCCGAAAUUGUCGCCAGUGUGGACAAAAGUCAGAAAUAUCCUUCCAUUGUAUAAACUGUGAUGACUUCCUGUGUCAGAUGUGUUCUGAGUCCCAUCAGCAGCAAGAGGAAACCGCCAGUCACAGCACUCAGACCAUUCAGGACUAUGAAGCUCAGAACAAACCUCGGUCACGCCCCGCCUCCCCAGAUACUCCGUCGGUGUUGUCCAAGUGCUGUGAGUACUACGAUGCCUACGACAUCGGCGCUAUGUUCUGUGUGGACUGUGACAUGGCACUGUGUUCAGAGUGCCAUGCCAAGAGUCACCAGGAACACAGGUGUGCAGAGCUGACAGCAGUGUCUCAGAACUUCGAGAUGAAGAUCAAACCUCCCCUUGACCAACUGACCAAUGAUUCUAAGACCUUGAAGAAGACUCUGAAAGACCUGGAGAUUGCUGAGAAGGUUGUUGAGAAGCAGCAGAUUCGACUCCAGGCGGACGUCAAGAACAGAACCAAGGUCCUCUGCAACCUCAUCACUGAGUAUGAGAAUGUCCUUCUUAGUGAGGUGGACAAGCGUCAGUCUCACAAUCGUGAGUGCAUCAACCAAAAGCGUAAUGACAUUGAGCUGCAUCUUGCCUCUAUUCAAGCUGUUACUGACCUCACUGAGAAACUUGUGUCAUUUGGGUCAGAGGAAGAAAAAGUGUCCCUCAGAAAGAAAAUAGGUCGGAGGGUGAGAGAACUUUGUGAGACUGAACUCCCAACACAAGCAGUGAACUUGGUGAGUCUCAACCUGUGCGAACCGGAUGUCAAUGUUGAGAAGAUCUGUGACUUGUUUGGUGAGUUGAAAACUGGCGUAGCGAGUUGUUCCCGAAGGUCGAGCAGAUCUCACAUUUCCACAACCCAAGAAUCGGGACAUCCAAGCAUCAGUGACUCAAUAGAAAGUCAUGACAAUGACACAGAAAUUACUGAGCUGGAAGACUACGAGGAACGUGACCAUGACAUGCUAAGUGCCAGUAACACCAGCGAGACCUUCAGGGCAAUACAGGAGGAACCAGAGGAACAAGAGCAGGAACAGUCUAACUCCUCCUUCCAGUCCUCCACACAGGAGGAGGUGCCCUCUCUCACUCUGGACACUCCAGCCAAGGAGCUUGCCCUCCCAUCUAACAUCCAGCGAGACUGCAUCAAGGGAAUGGGGGUCAACCAGAGUGGGGACAUCAUCAUCGGUGCAGCAUCGGCAGGAAGUCAAUGUGUUUACUACGUAGAAAAAAGGGGCAUCAUCCGGGGCCAAAUUCCAGUUGAAAAGGGCUGGAAUAUUCACUCCGUUGCUCCAGACGGAAAAGUGGCUGUUGCGGUUACAAGGGGAGACAAUCGGUACAAGGUCAAGGUCUUGUCGAAUGAUGGCUGUGGCACAGUUCUUGCCAAUCUUCAUCUUGAAAGUUUUGGGUUGAAUUAUGUUGCCCCAUACUCCCAGGGUCAAGUGAUCAUUUCUUCAAGCAGGUACGCCCAACUCAACCGCAACUACGGCAAGUCAGCCAAGUCCGGUGGGAAUGUGGCAGUGUACAACAAAGAUGGUCAAAUCACACUACGCAUCACAAAUGACGACUUUGUUGAUGAAGGACUUUACCUUUUUGAAAAGCCACAGCACAUUGCUGUUGACAAUGCUGAAAACUUUUUCGUGUGUGAUCCGUCCAGUCAUAUUGUGUCUGGUUUUAAUAAGGAUGGCGUGUUGUUAUUCGAGUAUGGCAACACAGACAGUGACGGGGAAAUCUACCAGGGUCCUGACCUGGUGUGCGUGGACAGAAAUAAGAACGUGCUCGUCACGGAUAAGCGUGAAGGUCGCAUUGACCUCCUCACCUAUGAAGGCCAGUUACAGAAGUGUUUCUUCCUGGAGGACGUCGUUAAGUUUGUGUCGGUAAGCUCUGACAAUAUGCUCGUUAUAGGCACGACAGAGGGCACGAUCAAGUUUCAUGAAUAUCUGUGAUUUCAGUUUCCGUCCAUCUCAGAUAAAGGGAACUUUGUUCUUUCAAAUUCAUGAACUUGAUGUAUUAAUGUAACUUUCUAGUCUGGACAAUAUCUUAUAUUGAUACUAGUGACACUCUACUUGUAUUCAACUAUGGAUAACUUAAAAUAUAUCCUUGAUGGUCUUAAUUACUGUGAUUUAUCUGUAUAUAUAAUUUCUGGUUAUAACAUCUGAAACAGUGCCAAUAGAGACAGAAAAAUAUAUUAUUAACUUAACAAUCUGACAACUUGAAUUUUGCCUGGGAAAACACUGUACAAACUAAAAUGAUCAGUAGUCGGGGAUUUAUCUAGACCUGCUCAGAGGCCGAAACUGUUUCAAAUACAUAUCCAUGAAUAUCUUGAUGACUUUUUCGUCAAAGUAUUUCUACAUUAAGAUAUUUGUGAUGUAUGCCUACCAUAUUUUCAUCAUCCACAAACUAUGUAUACCAGACCUUAUUUAUUUAUCAUGUUUAUGGCGCAUAUUUCUACUUAUGUGCUCUCAGAUGUCCAUUCCAUGAUCUCAGAACUAUUCAUAACAACUUUUAACAAACCAGUAAACAAAUAUUUUAUCAUAUUUAUCACAGCUUAUUAUAUUGACAUGCCCAUUGCCAGAUACUAUUUUGACAUGUCUUUCAUCUCACGUAAAUCAGAUCUUUUACUCGGAUAUGAUACUUCUCCAUGUGAAGAUCUGACGACCUCUCCAUGGAAGGUCGCAUCGGGUGAACUUCACAAUCAGCCAAUCACUAGUGAGGCUUCUAAAUUCACGGUAUGAGCAAGCAUUCAGACCAGCAUAUCUUAUUCUGUAUAUCAAAAAUGAAAUUAAACAGCCAGUUUCAAAUGUAAAUAAUAAAAACUAUGCAGUACAUUGUUGUGGUUAUUUCAAACAUCCUGUCAUUUGUAAGUGCUAUUCUUUCAAAAGGGAGUAUCAUUGAAGGAAGUUCGCUAAAAGCAGAGAUCUGAUUUAUUCUCUACUAUAAACUACCAGCUCAGAACCAGUGAAGAUCCGGGGUAGAAUAGAUCUUCAGCAACCCAUGCUUGCCGUAAAAGGCGACUAUGCUUGUCGUAAGAGGCGAGUGGUCAAGCUCGCUGACUUGGUUGAACAUGUCAU